GACGGGCAACGUAAUGCUCGGCCCAAUAACAGCAUGUUGACGAUUUAUGUGGUGUGGGACUGACAUAAUUUUAAUAAGAGGAAGUGAUACACGCUAAGAAGUUUUAUAACAUUAUAAUGACGCACUCGUAACGCGGUCAGUUGGCUAGAAAGGUCGCUCCUCCACAGCUGAAGCUGCCAGUGUGAACGCCUCAGCUGAGCUCAUCUGCUGCUUGGAUCCCUUAAUACACUCUGACGAAAGUGAAUCAGUGUAUCUCCUUCCAAAAUGAGCCGGGACGUUCCUAUCCACAGCUGGCCUGGCUCCUAUUACAUCAACAGUGAGAAGCGCUGGGAAAACGGCACCCUGUCCCUUACCAGGACCAUGGUGCGCUUCGUCUCCAACCAGAGUAAGGAGAGUCUUGCAGGCUUCCGCCUCUCCAGGAUCAUGGAGAUCAAGAUGGAGUCGUCAAGUUUCAUCUUCAGCACUCUCACAGUGCUUGAAGAGGGCAACGUAAAACACUGGUUUGGCUCCCUUAAGCCCAAUCGGGUGGUGGUUUAUAACGUGUUAGAGCAUUUCUGGAGAGAACGCCUUUUGUCACCCAGCUCAGAGGCCCGGGGGGCCGAAUGUCAACCCUCUAAAGGCAGAGAGCUGAUUAACUUGGUGGCAGGGGCCCAGAGAAGACUGGAGGACACCGGCAUAGUCCUCAGCCACCAAGGAGAGCAGUUUGACAAUAUGAUGCAGGGACUGGAGAAGAUCGAGUCCGAUCUGGGCGUGGCUGAUAAACUUUUGUCAGGGCUGGAGUCUCCCUCCUGGUGGCCUUUUGGUAAACUUCCCUGGAAGACUCAGCAGGAAGCCAAAGCUGAGGAUGCUGCAAGAGCUGCCGCUGCUUCUGCAGCUGGCAGAGGCUCCAGUAGAAAUAAGGUGAUUGCAAGCAUCCCAGCUGUAGUGACCAAAGGCAGGGACUCAGACUUAAAACCUGGAUGUUUGUUGGUGCUGGUGUCCUCACUGGAGGUGCGAGAUACAAACUGCCAACUCCUUCACCGCUUCGAGCGAAAUGAAAUCGACGAAAUCAGGGUACACAGUCCUUAUGAGAUCACUGUUAGACAGCGGUUUAUUGGGAAGCCAGAUAUAUGCUACAGGGUCCUGUCUGCCAAGAUGCCAGAGGCACUGUCAUUGUUAGAGAUGCAGUACAAAAAGAAGGUGGAGUUCACAAGUGAAUACACUGCUUUCAAGGCAUCUCCAGUUUCAUCUCCACGAGGGGCAUCUGACAUGGAGGGGCCAAACUGGAAUGAAGGUUUGCUGCAGAGGUGCCAAGAGACAGAGCUCCCGCUGGAGGUCUCAGCAGGAGAUCUGUCCCAGUUGCAGGUGCAUGUCCUCCAGCCAUCUGUCAGUCAGGCUGAGGCCCAGGAACUCAAACAGAUGCUGAUGCAGCUGAAGAACCUUGCCCUGGAGGCAGAGACAGAGUUGGAACGGCAGGAUGAAGUUCUGGACGUCCUGACCAGCUCCACUGACCAAGCCACCAUGCACAUAGAGAAACACACCUGCCGCAUGAAAAGACUGCUGUAGCGCCGAACAGUCCAGUAGACACAUGCGGUCACUGUGUCCGUCCUGAGAAAUGCACUUUAAGCUUCCUCUUUUUCCCCACGGGAUUGGUACAGUGUGAGAACAAUGGAAUACAGACAUAGGGACUUGCAUGUACUCUAAACAGUUCAUAAGAUAUGUGUGUGUCCAUUUGGUGGAAUAAUCACGUGGAUCCAUGUGUCAGUGAUUUCUAGGAAGUGUAGCAAUGUUCACCAAAAUUCCUGAAAUUUGCACAUCAGUGAUUAUGACUUUAAAUAAGAACACAUUUUUGUUAGAGACAUAAAGUGUCUUGUAUGUGUCUCGUUUGUUGUUAGUUUUAUUACAUAUUACAUUUGGCUUGGAUGCUAUUGGCUGUGUGAUUUAGAAGACAUUUUUUUCAAUUUUCUUUGCUUUUAGGAGUUGCCAUAUUGAAUCUAUAUACUUGAUCACUACUUGUGGCAGAUUCUGCGGAAAGAAAAGUGUGCUCUAAAAAUGUAACUCACCCGGCACUAGGUUCAGUGCCUGGUAGUGAUGCUUAUGACUUGGCUCAGCCUAUUGAAGUGGGAAGCCAGUGAGCGAUAACAUCCUUAUUGGUGCACUGCUGACUCCUAUUGAUUGGUCCUGGCACCUCAGCUAGAUUUGGGGAAAUAGCAUGAUUCCUCAUUGCAUGUCACACCCUCCCAGUGAAGGUGUCAUGUGAAAAAAUUACCUGAUGACUCCAUGUGUGACAGAGCAGACUUUAUACCUUCCCCCGGGAGACAGCAAUGACAACAAUUAAAUUGAAGGGGAAAAUGAGCAUCUAUUUAUUCUCUGUGCACAAGCUAAUUUAAAAUAAACUGCAUGGUGUUUCCCAUAGGUUUCAUUUGCAAGGCAGUAGUGAAAUAACAGAAUUUGAUCUUGUUGAUGUAGGUUGGGUGAACAGGUUUUCAAUUAAAAUUAUUUGCAAGUAAUAGACUGACAGCAGAUAAAGUUAAUUAAUAUGACAGUGUUUCUGAUGAUGUUCUUUCUUUAUAACCAUUUCUGUCCUGAUGACUAGUCUUUCUCAGGUCCUGUUACUUAUCCUUUCUGGACACGGUUUCCCUGUGGCUUAAUGUUGCAUGUCUCAGUAUUACUGCUUUGUAUUGCUUUGUAAGUCCCAUCAAUGUCAAUAUAUAGCAGAAGACUGUAAAUGUGCAGCUAAGUUCUGGGACUCUUGAAAACAGAUCAGAAAACACUCCAUGUGUUUGCUUUAAAUAUUAUAGAUUAAAUAGUCCAUGUUAAGGUCCACAUCUACUGUAUAUGUCUUGCUAAAUAUUGAUAUAAUUCUGACACAUGUAUUGUAAUUCUUUGAUUUUAGUGUGGUCUGUCAUCGCUGUACUCUUGCAAUUAGCUUUCAGUUUAACCUGAAACAUCUCUGCCAUGUUUUUUAAAUAAUGAUUUCACUGCUGUAUAGAGGCUCCUUUUUGCUCAGGAUAUCAAAUUUAUCUUAUAACUACAUACUUAACUUAACAAUUAGCUCUAAAUAUAAAGGGAAGAGUACACCUGCAUCUUCCUUAUAGCAUACAUAUGAAUAAAUUACGUCUGUAAUAGCAAAUCAUUUGCAAAAAAUGUCUCAAAUAAAAAAUAUCAAAUUA